AUGCCGGCCCUUCCACAGUUCGAUUACAUUUUUGCGAUUGGCACAAUCUUCGCAUUCCUGGAUGCGUGGAACAUUGGAGCCAACGAUGUAGCUAACUCAUUCGCCACAUCUGUGGCCAGUCGUUCAUUGUCUCUCAAGCAAGCCAUGUGCAUUGCUUCUGUGAUGGAGUUCGCUGGAGCGAUGUUGGUCGGUUCUCGCGUCACUGAUACCAUCCGAACCAAGGUCAUCAGCACAAAACUGUUCGAGGAUGACCCAUCGGUGCUCAUGUUGGGCAUGAUGUGUGCCAUUGUCGGAUCUGCGACGUACCUCACAAUUGCCACGCGCUUUACCAUGCCUGUAUCUACAACACACUCAAUAAUGGGUGGUGUCAUUGGUGUUGGUAUUGCCGCUUCUGGCCCUCAAGGGAUCAAUUGGUCGUUCAAAGGUGUAUCUCAGGUCUUCGCCGCCUGGGGUAUCGCUCCUGGUAUCUCCGGUGGUUUUGGUGCUGUUAUAUUCUUGAUCACCAAGUACGGUGUAAUGCGCCGCAACAAUCCGGUUUAUAAGGCUUUCUUCAUGGUUCCGGUCUACUUCUUUGUCACCUCCUUCCUGCUGUCACUCCUCAUCUGCUGGAAGGGUGGUUCUGCGAAGAUAGACCUUACUGACAUUCAAGCUGUGUGGGUUUCCAUCGUUGUUGGUGUAGCCGUUGCCCUCGUGGUUGCUACGUUUUUCAUUCCUUUCCUAUACCGUCGCAUUAUCAAGGGUGACUGGGAACUCAAGGACUGGCAAGUAAUCCAAGGUCCUCUCCUCCUCCGCCGCCCCGAGCCCACCCCACGUCCAGAGGGUAUGAUUGUUGGCAACAUCCCUGACUUCUAUGCUGGACAUCUUACCGCUGAGGAGCUCGCCGCAAAGCGCGCUGGAGAAGGUCGACCCAUCCACGAUGACAUUGAAAAGGAUGCUAUUCACUCUACAACCGUGGAGGCCGCUAGCUCCGACUCUGAUAUUGUCCCCAUCGAAUCUACUCACCCAGUUACUGCCACUCCUGCGAAGCAACUCUCAACACCUAAGAAGCAGCCUCCCCCCGGUCACUGGUACACCCCUGCCGUCGCUUUCUGGUGGAUCAAGUAUGCCAUCUUCCACGGUGUUGAACAAGACGUUGUUUCUCAACAAAGCCACAAAGAUUUCUUGUCUGGCGAUAUCGAAAAGGUCCAUGCUACUGGCGAGCACUACGACAACAGAGCUGAAUACACAUACUCUUUCUUGCAAAUCAUGACUGCAUCUACUGCCUCUUUUGCUCAUGGGGCCAACGACGUUUCCAACGCCAUUGGACCAUACACCGCCAUCUAUUUCAUCUGGUCAACCGGCAAGAUUUCCAGCAAGGUGCCCGUUCCCCUCUGGAUUCUAGCCUUCGGAGGUGCCUGUAUUGUUAUUGGUCUCUGGACCUACGGCUACAACAUCAUGCGAGCCCUUGGAAAUAAGAUCACUCUGCACUCGCCAGCGCGUGGAUUCUCGAUGGAGUUGGGCGCGGCGAUCACUGUCAUCUUGGCUACCAAGCUUGCGCUCCCUGUCUCGACUACUCAAUGUAUUACUGGCGCCACUGUUGGUGUCGGUCUUUGUAAUGGUACGUGGAGAACGAUCAACUGGCGCAUGGUUGCUUGGAUCUAUAUGGGCUGGAUCAUCACUCUCCCUUGCGCUGGUAUCAUUUCCGGGUGUUUGAUGGGCAUAAUCCUUAACGCACCAAGGUGGGGUAACGGUGUGUAG